GCGAAAGAGCGCUGUCAGCGCCAUGGCAGGAUAGCGAGAAGACGUGGCGAUGUAACUGCUCAAAGAACGGACAGAUUUCCGAACAGGUAGAAAAAAACACCUGCAAAUGGCAACGGGUACGAUUAAGCUACCUUACAAUCGCAGGGUUAAUGUACCAGAGGCCGAGGGGGGUAAGAAAGGACAACUCUUCUCGUGUAAGUCCCAGACCGCCAAAGAAACCGAGAGUGAGAUUGUAAUGACAGAGUGUCUGGGCAGGGGGUACAGACUUCUCGGUAAGACUUUGGGGGAAGGGGCAUACGCCAAAGUCAGUCUCGCUGAAGUAUCGGCAGCCAAACUCGCUCGAUGCAAGGGACUGUCUGACACCGUGGAUGGUAGCAACCCGUUCGUGGCUAUCAAGGUGAUCAACAAGAAGUUGGUGCCAAAAGAGUUUCUCCGAAAGUUCCUUCCCCGUGAACUAGACAACCACGCUACGCUCCCCCACCACCCACACGUGGUUCAAGUGUUCGAGAACUUCUCCACGGCCGACCAGGUGUACCUUGUCCUCGAGUAUUGCGAGAAGGGGGACCUACUGGACAUGAUCAACCGAACCAUCAACAACAACCAACGCGGCAUCAGUGAGGACCUCACCAAGAAGAUCUUCAAACAGAUGAGCCAGGGCGUGCAACACAUGCACAACAACGCUAUCGUGCACAGAGAUCUGAAGUGCGAGAACAUCCUCAUCACGUCAGAAACUACCGUUAAAAUAACAGACUUUGGAUUCUCCUGCCGCUUCCCAGACCGGAACCUGCUCCUGAAGACUUCCUGUGGGUCGUAUGCGUACACAGCACCGGAAGUGAUCAAGAACAAGCCGUACGACGGAUACAGAGCGGAUGCCUGGAGUCUUGGCAUCAUCCUGUUCGCCAUGGUGAACGGCCGUCUCCCUUACAACGACAGUCAGCUAAGCGAGAUGGACGAGGAUAUGAGAAUGCAGAGGCUCAGAUUCGAGCGUAAUGUCUCAUUUGACUGCAUGGUGCUGAUACGGAGGAUGCUCCAGUACAACCCCCUGCUCCGCCCGGUCGUGGAGGAGGUGCUGUCAGACCCCUGGCUCACUGGCAAGAAGCCCAUCCCCCGCCAGUUCAACAAGCCCAAGUGGAUCAAUCCAUACACGGCGAGCAAGGAGGAGUUUGGUCCGGAGAAGGAGCACUUGCGUGUAGAUGGCGCUGGUUCCAAGAAGAGCGGUCAGCCAUUGUGUUACCAUGGUGAUAACCCAGGUAGAGGUCGGCCGAACGCCACCCCAAAGUGUACUGUGACAAUCAACCAGAGAAUGGGGGAGACAGUCACUCUGAAGAGCCGGGGCAAGAACCAGAAGUACCAAGGAGUUGAACCACGCCCACAAACAUGGCCGAAGACCGAGAAGGAGAGAAGACAGGAAGACAAACAGUUGCCUAGGAGACGCGGUAAGACGGCACCGCCAAGGAAGCUUAAGGACCAAUCACAGUCCACGGCUCGGCUGACGCAGUUGCUAGAAUUGACCAAAGAGAGAGCAACACGUCAGAAGGCUGGACAACAACACGCCCAGAUGAGUGUGCCACUGUGGUAUGUGUACAAGAUCCUUCAAAACAGCUGUAAACAGAAUGGUCAACACGUUGGUAACACCGGAAGUCGCCAGUGUACUGCAGUGCCCUCUAGCGGGCCCAGGAAGCGGUACAAGACUUACGCGAGGGGCGCGAAGAACGGUGGGGGAGUGGUGAAGCUCCACGGCGACGCCACGAAGAGUGCCCUCAUGGACAAAUUGUCACAGAGCAGCGAGACAGAAACCCCCGAAGUAGAAGCCGGGGACGCAACUCCUGUUACUUAUGAUGCCGACACCCAACAACCACAGGAAAGGCGUUCUUCCGUCAAUAGAUCCAAAAGCUGCAGAGAAAGGUUCCUCAAAAUGUAUGGUCCGAACAUGCCAGCAUACGUUAAUGAGUUCCCACUCCCGCCGUUGAUGGUCCAGCGUCUUCAGAUUCAGAACAUUAAUCCCAAGGCCGUGAAAAAGAAACCUUGCAGUCCCCCCGCCACCGGAAGUACUCCACCGGAACCACGGCCACCUUCUCCAAGCGCAGCCGCAGUCCACAAACCUGGUUCUGCGCGUGUGAAACCAGUUUAUAAAGUUGUUUAUCACACCUCUGUGUGACAUCUUUUUCAAAAGUGUUUUGUUGUUAUGUAUUUAUUUGAACAUCAGUGGAUCAGUGCAAUAAAUCCAGAGUUCUU